AUGUCGGACAUAGAGAAGAAUCAAGAGCUGAAGCCAGAUGGGGGCGAAGACGAGCCAAAACCCUCUGGCUUCAAGAGCUACAUGCGCAUAUUCAAAUAUGCCGACAGAACUAGCUGGAUUCUGUACUCGCUCGCCAUUGCCGCCGCCAUCGCAGCUGGUGCGGCCCUUCCGUUGAUGGACCUGAUCUUUGGCAAGUUCGUGACGACGUUUAACAACUUUGCUCUGGGCGUGGUUGGGCCGGAUGAUUAUAUGAGGGAGGUGUCGAAAUAUGCCCUUUACUUGGUAUAUCUAUUCAUCGCCAAAUCCGUACUUGUCUACAUCCACACAGUGGCCGCAUCGAUCGCGGCCAUUCGGACAACGAAAGCACUGCGACUGGACUUUCUUAAAAGUCUCUUCCGCCAGGACAUGGCGUACUUUGAUUCGAAAGGCGCCGGGUCGCCGUCAGUCAAAGUCACCACGAACGGCAAUCUAGUCACCAGUGGCAUUUCGGAGAAGCUGUCCGUCUUUGUGCAAAGCUGCGCGACGUUUGUAGCGGCUUUUGUGGUCGCCUUUGCGGUACAGUGGAAGCUCACGCUCAUCACCAUCUGCAUCGUACCGACCAUCGUCAUCGUCACUGGAGUCUGCAUGGGCAUCGAAGUAAAGAAUGAGGACAAGCUGAUGGGCAUCUAUUCGCGCGCCAGCCUGGUCGCCGAAGAGGUCUUCUCCAGUAUCUCAACGGUUCAUGCGUUCUGGCUGCAACCGGUGAUGGCGAAGCGCUACGAGGACUUCCUGGCCGAAAUGGAGCGCGUAGGUAUGAAGAAAUCGCCGAAUUAUGGUGUGCUGUUCUCGGUCGAGUUCUUCUGCGUCUACGCGGGAUACGGUCUUGCGUUCUGGCAGGGCAUCCGGAUGUUUGCUCGUGGCGAGGUCCACGCGCCGGGGGAUAUCGUAACCGUCAUUUUCGCGGUAGUCGUUGCCGCCACAGCUCUGACCCAAAUCGCGCCUCAAAUCAUAACCAUCACCAAAGCCGCUGCUGCUGCGGACGAGCUCUUCCGCGUCGUCGACAAGAAAUCUGCUAUCGACUCCCUCUCAACCGCAGGGUUGACGCCUGAGAAAUGUGCUGGCGAGAUCGAGGUAAAAGCUCUCGAGUUCGCAUACCCCUCUCGUCCGGAUACACAAGUCCUCAACGGCCUGAACCUAAGCGUUCCUGCCGGUAAGACGACCGCCCUGGUUGGCGCCAGUGGUUCAGGGAAGAGCACCAUCGUCGGGCUUCUCGAGCGCUGGUACGACCCAGCAGCCGGGACGAUCCUACUCGACGGCAACGACAUCCAGACACUCAACGUUGCCUGGCUACGCACGCAGAUUCGCCUCGUGCAGCAGGAGCCGGUUCUUUUUAGCGGGACGAUCUUCGACAAUGUCGCUUUCGGCUUGGUAGGGACGCCGUACGCAGAGGCCCCGUACGAGGAGAAGCUUGCGCUUGUCAAAGAAGCUUGUCGAGACGCCUACGCGCAUGAGUUCAUUGAGAACUUGCCCAGGCAGUAUGAUACCCAGAUUGGAGAGCGUGCGCGAAUGUUGUCGGGAGGGCAGAAGCAACGGAUUGCCAUCGCUCGCAGUAUCAUUUCUCGGCCGUCGGUGCUGCUUCUGGAUGAAGCGACGAGCGCUCUAGACCCCAAGGCCGAGAAGAUUGUCCAGAGCGCACUGGAUAAUAUCUCUGUCGGCCGGACGACCAUCACCAUUGCGCACAAAUUGUCUACGGUGCAAAAGGCGGAUAACAUCGCUGUCAUGUCUGCGGGUCAAAUCAUCGAGCAGGGGACGCACCAGGAGCUUAUUGCCAGAGACGGUGCUUAUGCGAGGCUAGUCCGGGCACAGGAUCUGGAGAAGGCAGGGGGCAAGGCUCAAGAGCAUGCUGACUCGGAAGAGGAGGAAAUUACUGAGGAGAACGAUGAUGCAAAGUCUGCCGCGAAGCUGUCGCUGCAUCACACAAGGAGUGUGGGUGCUGAAUCUCUCUCUCCGGAGGAGAAGGCGAAAGCAGUAGCCAAGGAGACUAUGGGAUACAGUCUCAUUCGGUCUCUGUGGCUUUUGAUAAGGGAGCAGCGGCAGCUGUGGGGACUGUACGCGAUUGUAGCGGUUAUGUGUAUUCUUGCAGGUGGUACUUUCCCAGCACAAGCCGUCCUUCUCGCGCGGACAUUCCAAGUCUUUCAGCUGCGCGGUAGUGAGGCUGUUCGUCGGGGAGAUUUCUGGGCGCUGAUGUUCUUCGUUGUCGCCCUUGCCAACUUCUUCCUCUACUUCACCAUGGGAUGGACAGUCAACAUCAUCAUUCAGAAAGUCAGCCGAAGGUACCGACGCGAACUCUUCAGAAACACCAUGAAGCAAGAGAUCUCGUUCUUCGACUUGGAACACAACGCUACCGGGGCGAUCUCGUCUCGGCUGUUGACCCACGCGUCGAACCUGAACGAGCUUUUGGGGAUCAACUUCGGUCUGAUUCUCAUCAACAUUGUCACGGUCAUCUCCGUCUCUGUCUUGGGCAUCGCGUAUGGCUGGAAGCUCGGCCUCGUCUGCGUCUUUGGCGCUCUCCCUCCGUUGCUGCUUAGUGGCUAUUUCCGCAUCCGCCUGGAGUACAAGCUGGAAGACGAUACCUCGGCGCGCUUCGCCAGCAGUGCCGCGAUUGCGGCAGAAUCAAUCUCGGCCAUUCGCACGGUGGCAUCUCUUACGCUCGAGAACAAGAUGCUUCAGAUCUACGGGGAAAGGUUAACCAUUGUCGCAGAACAAUCUGUUAAAGCACUGACCUUUACAAUGUUCUGGUACGCCCUGACGCAAUCCAUCAACUUCUUGGCCAUGGCCCUAGGCUUCUGGUACGGAGGGAAGCUCAUCUCGACGGGCGAAUACACCAACGAGCAGUUCUUCGUGGUCUUCACUGCGGUCGUGGUCGGAGGCGAGAACGCAGCUGCUAUCUUCCAGUACACGACUAGCAUCACCAAAGCGACAGGAUCAGCGAACUACAUCUUCUGGCUGCGCCAGCGCGUUCCUGUUAUCGACAAUGACUUUUCUGAUGAGCCUCCUUCGGGAGGAUUCUCACAAGACCCUGGACCCGUUACUGUCGAUUGCCACGCUCUCGACUUUGCCUACCCUUCUCGCCCACGCUCCAACGUCAUCUCCGGAAUCGACGUUACCAUCCCACCGGGCAAAUUCGUCGCCUUUGUCGGUCCAUCCGGCUGCGGCAAGUCCACGAUGAUCAAUCUGCUCUCCCGCUUUUACGACCCAACAUCCGGCUACAUCGCCGUGAACGAUCAGCCAAUCCACGACAUCAGCCCACAGGAUCACCGCCGCCGCCUGGCUCUCGUUCAGCAAGAGCCAGUCCUGUACCAAGGCACCAUCCGCGAGAACGUCGCCAUGGGUCUGAUCGAAUCGAAGGAAGCGACCGAAGCACAAAUCGAACAAGCCUGCAAAGACGCCAACAUCUUUGAUUUCGUAGUCUCGUUGCCGGAAGGCUUAAGCAGCGAGGUUGGCGUCCGCGGUGCGAAGCUGUCAGGUGGGCAGCGCCAGCGUGUCGCUAUUGCUCGCGCGCUGAUCCGCGAUCCGAAGAUCCUGCUCCUGGAUGAAGCGACCAGUGCGCUGGACACGGAGAGCGAGAGGGUUGUGCAGGCGGCGCUGAGCGAGGCUGCUAAAGAUGGGAAGAGGAGUACCAUUGCGGUUGCGCAUCGGCUUAGUACGAUCAAGGACGCGGACUGUAUCUUUGUCUUUCAGGCGGGGAGGAUUGUGGAGGCGGGCAGUCAUGCUGAGUUGCUGGAGAAAAGAGGCAGUUAUUACGAGAUGUGCAAGGGCCAGGCCUUGGAUAAGGCUCUAGGUUGA